AUGUUAAUUUGUUUAAAGCUUCAGUAUUAUACAUCAAUUACUCAAGAUUCUGACGCAUCAUUAUUGGCUUCAAAACUUAUUAAACCAUUUUUUAUCAUCAAAUCCAUUCAGUCAAUAUUACAGCAGCCAGAUGAAUUUGAUGAUCAACCAAUGGUGAUAGUGGAGGCAGACUGCAGAGCCAGAAAUGUCUUGUGUAGGGUCUGCGAGAACUAUAUUCCUCUUGAACAGAUCAGUUCUCACCUUGAAAACUGUGUCCAAACUUUUAAUGAAAUUAAAUCAGAAAAAGAUAUUGACAUCAUGAUUAGAGAUUUUAUUGCUGAAAAUAAUAAGACAUAUCUAGCUAAUUCAUGUCCUGGAGAUGAAAUUCCAGCGAAGACAACAAUUUUACCAGUUCUUCAUUUAAAUACACUUCUAUCGACGUUAGUGAAUGAAAAUAUUGAAUUGUCUAGUUCUUAUAUCAGAAGAAUCAACACAAAAAUCAAAAGACUGUCAAUUCGAAAUAUUGAUAACCACAUUGUUCACGAAUUAUCAAUGCGAGCUGCAAAAUUGAGUUUUGAAAAAGAAAGAAUUGUAAAAGCUAAGCAAAUUCAUAUUCGUGCCGACACGUUAACAAUCAAUGACUUUGAAUUCAUAAAAAGACUCUCAAAUGGUGCGUACGGUCGCGUUUAUCUUGCUAAAAAGAAAACAACUGGUGAAGUCUUCGCAAUCAAAGCCAUUCCACGCCAUCAAAUGGAUCAUCAAAAUUCUGCCUUUAACGAAAAGAUGACUUUGAGCCAAGUUUCAUCAUCAUCCGUUGUCUCCAUGUACUAUUCUAUCGCCGGUGUUAAGAACAUGUACAUCGUCAUGGAGUAUUUGCCUGGAGGUGACUUAAGCCGCCUUCUAGACAAUGUUGGAUCUUUCUCCAAAGAUGUUAUCAGAGCAUAUGCAGCUCAGAUUGUCAUGGCGUUGGCCGAUCUCAGGAAGUUUGGAAUUAUUCACAGAGAUAUCAAGCCUGGAAAUAUACUUGUUAACAAGAAUGGGCAACUGAAGUUGAUCGAUUUCGGACUGUCCUAUACAGGAUCGUCUGAACGUUGCGUUAAGCUGGUGGGAACUCCGGAUUAUUUGUCACCUGAAGUGAUUCUUAACAUGUCCCACUCAUUUUCUGUUGACUAUUGGUCUCUCGGUGCAAUGCUAUAUGAGUUUUUCGAAGGUGUUCCGCCGUUCCAUGGUGAAACAGCAGAGGAAACGAUUCUUAAUAUUUGUAAAGGCAAAAUCCCACGUAUACAGUGCAGUGAUGCAUUGUGGAACUUGAUCAAAGGUCUGAUGGACCAUAAUUCAAAGAAAAUGCUUGGAGCAAAAUCUAUCGAAGAAAUCAUGCAUCAUCCAUUUUUCAAAGGAAUAGAUUGGAAGCAUGUCCAUAAGAUCGUGCCUCCAUUUAUACCUGCCUUAAAGAAUGACUUCGAUACAUCAUAUUUCGAUCCGAACCCAGAAGUUGGAGAUAGCGCACAGAAUAAUAUAGCUAUUGGAUCAAUCGUUAAGAUUGACGAUAUGAGCGACAUUAUUUAUGAUUGCCAGAAUUCUAUUAAAACGGAUGGCGAUCAUAAAAACGCUGUUGAUGGUAAGGAUAAUGGUUUAUUCCAUUAUGUAUCCAUCACCGAACUCGUGAGGAUUACCAUAAAUGAUGCUGAAAGACUCAAGAUGGAAAAUUUGAUGUUAGGUAAGCCGCGUGCGAGGACGCGCAGACACUCUGAGAGGAGAAUCCAAUCUGUUUCUCCUGUUCCUAUUAUAUUUAAAUGUCCUAUUGUUCCUGUUUAA